AGGUCAACCUUCUUCUGGCUAGCUUCGCUGUAUAUAGGAUAUCGGCGCAUGUGUUCAUUGAUCAUAGUUCUGGUGAUCAGACUUCGGCGACCACUGAACGACUUAUUUAAAUAGUUUCCUUCAACAAUCAAAUCUGUAACAUGAUCCGUGUGAGGUCGACUCUUGUCUGUUCGUGGAGGGGGUUCCGGACGUUUCCACGGGCAGCCGUGGAGGUGAAGAAUGAGCCGAUCCUGGGCUUCAAGGAGGGCAGUGUGGAGAGGAAGGAUCUUCUCAAGGCGCUGAGCGAGCUGAAGGGAAAGACGGAGGAGAUUCCUUGUGUGGUUGGAGACGAACGUGUGUGGACCAAAGAUGUUAGAUACCAGUUAUCGCCCUUUGACCAUUCGCACAAGGUGGCCAAGUUCUGCUACGCUGACAAGGACCUGCUCAACAGAGCCAUCCUGGCGUCGGUGGCUGCGCGGCGGGAGUGGGACCUGAAGCCGGUCUGUGACCGCGCCCAGAUCCUCUUCAAGGCCGCCGACGUCAUCAGCGGACCCAAGAGGGCCGAGAUCCUGGCCAAGACCAUGAUCGGCCAGGGUAAGACGGUGGUGCAGGCGGAGAUCGACGCGGCUCCUGAGCUCAUCGACUUCUUCCGCUUCAACGCCAAGCACGCCGUCGAGCUGCAGGACGAGCAGCCGCUGGACGCCGACGGCAGCACCAACACCAUGCUGUACCGCGGCCUGGAGGGUUUCGUGGCUGCGGUGUCCCCCUUCAACUUCACUGCUAUUGGUGGAAAUCUGGCCGGCACCCCUACUGUAAUGGGUAACGUGGUUCUGUGGAAGCCUAGCGACACAGCCAUGUCGGCUAGCUACGCCGUGUACAACGUGCUGCGCGACUGCGGCCUGCCGCCCGACAUCAUCCAGUUCGUCCCGUCGGACGGCCCCGUGUUCGGGGACACCGUCACCUCCUCGGAGCACCUGGCCGGCAUCAACUUCACCGGCAGCGUCCCGACCUUCAAGCGGCUCUGGAAGCAGGUGGCUCAGAACCUGGACAUCUACAAGAACUUCCCUCGGGUGGCUGGAGAGUGCGGCGGUAAGAACUUCCACUUCGUCCACGCCUCGGCGGACGUCCAGAGCGUGGUGAACGGGACCAUCCGCUCGGCGUUCGAGUACGGCGGGCAGAAGUGCUCGGCCUGCUCCCGGAUGUACGUCCCGCAGUCCCUCUGGCCCCAGAUCAGAGACGGGCUGCUGGAGGUCCACAAGCAGAUCAAAGUGGGCAACCCCGUGGAAGACUUCAGCACCUUCUUCUCAGCUGUGAUCGAUGAAAAGUCCUUCGCCCGCAUCAAGAAGUGGCUGGACCACGCCCGGUCCUCCGCCGACCUCACCGUCAUCGCCGGGGGCAACUGUGACGACCGGAGGGGCUACUUUGUGGAGCCCACUAUCAUCCAGGUCAAGGAUCCUCGGGACCCCCUCAUGAGCGAGGAGAUCUUUGGGCCCGUUCUGUCGGUGUACGUCUAUCCUGACAACGACUACAAGGAGGUUCUGACUCUGGUGGACACCACCUCCCCCUUCGCCCUGACCGGGGCGGUGUUCGCUCAGGACAAGAAUGUGGUCGCAGAGGCGGCCAAAGCUUUGAGGAACGCGGCGGGGAACUACUACGUCAACGACAAGUCCACGGGCUCCGUCGUGGCCCAGCAGCCGUUCGGGGGCGCCAGAGCUUCAGGAACCAACGACAAGCCGGGCGGCCGUCACUACGUGCUGAGAUGGACGUCGCCGCAGGUCGUCAAGGAGACCUUCGCCCCGCUGAAGGAGUGGAAGUACCCCUACAUGAGCUGAGCUGGGCGCGUCCCAGACCCUCUCCCCGUCCCUCUCCCCGUCCUCACUCCCUCCCGCCCUCCGUCCAUGGUCCCCGGUUCGAUUCCCUCGUCAGCGGUAAAGAGGCUCUGAGAUUUGUCACUGAAAGGCCAUCAGAAUGAGUUGAGAUGAAGACGCUUCACAGACUCUUCUUCUUCUUCUUCUGUCAUCAGAGCGUUUCUUUGUGGUCGCCCGUCCACCAACGAGCUUGGACUGAACUAUGUUGAAACGGGGGUUGCGCAAUUCUAUAUUUUUAGCUGUUUUGAAAUGGAAACUGGAGGCACCGGUCGGCUCUGUUGGCACCCCUCAGAAUCUCAGGGUUCGUCGCCCUGGUUACAGUUUUUAUUCAAGCGUUUGAGGUUUGAUCACCGGUGGAAUUAGUUCAAGACAUACCUCUUGGAGACAUACCUCUUUUAAAUUAAACAUAUUUUAGCCGUAUGAAACAAAAACAAAGUUCUUCAUAGGAACAUAAUAAUUAACCAUAAAAAUUAUGAAUAGAAACCCCAAAUAUGUAUUUUUUUUAAUCCUGAUAAAACAAGCCAUUGUGAUGUUGAGCGUUUGCAUGUAAACGUAAAACCUUAAUGUAACAUUGGCCAACUGCUCAUCCGUCCAGAUUACCUUGGUUCGGUUUUAAAGUCGUUUGUUUGUCUCUUGUUUGGUUUUUCGCCAUUGCAUCCAGAAGGCUAACGAUACGCUAGUUAACCUAGCUAACACUUGCUAUAUAACAACAACUGUAAUGCUAACGAUAGCCUCCCACGUAGGAUAUGCACUUCCUGUUGACCUCCAGAGCUAAGAGGUAUGCUGCUAUCCAUUUGGAUGGUACGCUGGUACGAACGACCAGCUUCAGCGAGAGCGUGACGUAUUUCCCUUGCUCCAGCCUUCCAGUUUGUCAUUUGUGUUUCUGUCGAGCCGAUUGUUCUGCUGGGAACUUGUUACAAUUGGUGCUUCUAACUAACUGCACUUUCAAAUGAGACAUAAUGUCUCAUUUGAGUGAAUUCUUUGAUCGGAUCAACAAAUCUGGAAAAUAAUAGUUUUGUUUAUUUUCCAGGAAGGAGGGGGAUGGCGAGGAGUGUGUUUUCCUCAACGAUACUUUUGUGCGUUUUAAUCUUUUGUCUAUAAUAUAGCAAAACAGAUUUUAUCGUCUUCAAAAUGUGCCUGUGUUUGCCACACACUGUAAAAUAAUUUAGGGCAGAAUGUUUUUGAUAAUAGCCUAUUAAAUUAUUAGUUAAUGAUA